AUAAUGUCCCUUGGAUGCUCUCCACUAAAGAGAAUUAGUGUAGACUUCCGCCGGUUAACAAGCAAGCAAAAUGCCGAAAGACGUUGGAGCUUAUUUAGCGGAACAACAGAAGAAAAGUUCUGGUGAAAUUGCAGCAGAAUGGGGAAAAUUCGAAGAACUUUACAAUAAAAAAUUAUGGCAUCAGCUAACUCUGCGAGUGCAGGCCUUUGUGAAGAAUCCUAUAUUCAGCAAAGGAGAAGGAUUGAUUAGGAUGUACGAAAAUUUCAUAUCCGACUUCGAACACAGAAUCAAUCAUCUUGCCUUAGCAGAAAUUAUAGUGUUUGUUGUUCGCCAAAUACAAGAUCCCAAGCAGGCUGUAGAUUUCCUGGAGAAGAUUAAAGAGAAGGUGAAGGCCACAUUUGAGGCCAAGUUGCUCUGUAUGAUCGGUAUUGGGACCAUCAAACUGCGAUGUAAAGACCUAGAUGGAACUAAGGUGGUGGUGGAGGAGAGCCAGGCCCUCCUGGACACUCUGGACGGCAUCUCCACGGUACACAGCCGCUUCUACGAGCUCUCCAGUAACUACCACAAGCUCAUGGGCAACCAUGCCGAGUACUACAAAGAGGCUCUGCGCUUCCUGGGCUGCACCCCCCUAGAGUCUGUACCUUCCAAUGAGCAUGCAGAGCGAGCAUUCAACCUGGGCCUGGCUGCAGUGCUGGGAGAGGGGGUGUACAACUUUGGAGAGCUGUUGGCCCACCCUAUACUGGAGUCCCUGCGAAGUACAGACAGAGACUGGGUGGUACAGUUACUGUAUGCAUUCAACAGUGGCAAUAUCAGCAAGUUUGAUGAACUCAAGAAAUUCUGGGGGCAGCAGCCUGAUCUUGCUGCAUGUGAAAUUGUGAUGAGACAGAAAAUCUCACUACUCUGCUUAAUGGAGAUGACAUUUAAACGGCCAGCCACAAACAGGAAUUUAACAUUUGAAGAAAUUUCUUCUGAAACCAGAUUACCAGAAAAUGAGGUUGAGAUGCUGGUCAUGAAGGCAUUGAGUCUGGGCCUGGUGAAGGGAACCAUAGACGAGGUGGACCAUCGUGUGCACCUCACCUGGGUACAGCCCAGAGUCCUCGAUGUCAAUCAGAUCUCCACGAUGCAGUGUCGUCUCCAGCAGUGGUGUGAGGACGUGAGACAGAUGGAGAGACUGCUAGAGGUCAAGGCUCACGACAUUCUCACGUAGUCAUGGCAUCAGUGUCUCUAUAGUGAUGUUCUUGAGGAUGACUGUGAAUUUACGUAUUUACUGUAGACAAGAGGGAUUGCUUGUGGAAUUAGAACUGUUUUUGAGAAUGCAUUAUAAAACAAUCCUGUGUUUGGCUUUAAAUCACUGUUUAAGAUGGGAAUUAUUGACCUUGAUACACACAAAGAUUGCCCAUUUCAAUACAGGAAUUGUUACAAUUAGACUCUACAUGGAUAAUACACUACAAACUCUUAAAUAUUUUAUUUCACAAACAAAUAAGUGGUUUAUUCCAUGCAUCUGCUUGAAUAAGAUUCAAGUUAAACUUAUAAUAGGUGAAUUAAUCCAUUGUAAUUUCAGUUUAUGUUUCACAUCCAAUGGAGUGAUUCCAAUGGUUAAGAACAUGAUUUUGAUAUAGAGGGCCUUACCAUGUUCAGGGAUACUAAAACAAGCAGUGUCUACAGGUCUGUAAAAUGUGUUAAGGCAUUUUCAUCUAUAUUGUUCAUUUAUAUAUUUACAUUUUGAUGGAAUAGAAGUUUAAAACUU